AGCUUGGGUGAGGACAAACAGACCGCGGAGGGUCGAGCCCUACAAAACUCGCCCCAGUGGUCCAGCAAGCAAGGCGAGCUUCACGGCAGGGCCUUCCCAAUCUGUGUCCCUCGGGGGACACAGAGGCCUGAAAGCCUGUGGGUCUGGUGGAUCCCUGGACACGCUAGGACUCAAGACCAACGCCCAUCAUGCACGCAGAGACUUCUCCAAGGUUGCAGGCGCUCCUGCUGCCUAUCCUGCUACUGCUCCUGGCCACACCACCCGUGGUUAGCAAGGGCUGCGUCUGCAAAGGCAAGGGCCAGUGCUUCUGCAUGGGGACCAAAGGGGAAAAGGGGGAGAAAGGCUAUCCUGGGCCCUCUGGUUUUCCUGGCCAGAAAGGAUUUCCAGGUCCUGAAGGCUUGCCUGGACCACAGGGACCUAAGGGCUCGCUAGGACUUCCAGGACUCACUGGCCCCAAAGGCAUCAGGGGAAUAACUGGAUUACCAGGAUUUUCAGGUCCUCCUGGACUUCCAGGCGUCCCAGGCCACCCUGGGCCUCAUGGGCUGGUGGGUUUACCAGGAUGCAAUGGUUCUAAGGGUGAACAAGGAUUCCCAGGCAUUCCGGGGACACCGGGCUAUUCAGGGCUCCCAGGUCCUCCUGGUUUGAAAGGACAAAAGGGUGAGCCUGCUCAAGGAGAAGACAGGGAAGUCAAUGGAAAAGGUGACCCUGGGCCUCCAGGGCCUCCAGGCUUCCAGGGUUUUCCAGGCCCCCCAGGUUUUCCAGGGGCUGCUGGUCUACCAGGUCCUCCGGGAGUUUUUGGUUUUCCAGGUGCUGUGGGACCCAGAGGACCAAAAGGUCAUAUGGGCGAUAACGCGAUAGGAGAAAAAGGAGAAAGGGGUGUAAAAGGAUUAACAGGACCUCCUGGGCUGCAAGGAACGGUGAUUGUUACACUCAUCCGCCCCCCAUACAACAAAUCGGAUUUCAAGGGGGAGAAAGGAGACAAGGGAGAGAUGGGUGAACCUGGACGUCCUGGACCUCUGGGGCCACCUGGAGACUCCUACGGAUCAGAAAAGGGUGUGCCUGGAGAGCCUGGUCCAAGGGGGAAACCUGGAAAAGAUGGUGCUCCUGGCUUUCCUGGCACUCAGGGAGCCAAGGGCAACAGGGGCCUUCCUGGGCUAAUGGGUGAAGCUGGCAUUAAGGGAUGGAAAGGAGACAUUGGCCCUCCAGGAUUUCCUGGCCCAACAGAAUAUUAUGAUGCAUACCUAGAAAAGGGAAACAAAGGAAUGCCAGGCCCACCUGGGCCCAAAGGUGCUCGUGGUCCACAAGGUCCUAGUGGUCCCCCUGGAGUUCCUGGAAGUCCUGGACUGUCAAGGCCUGGCCUCAGAGGACCCCCUGGAUGGCCAGGCCAGAAAGGAAGGAAAGGGGAAAGAGGACCCCCUGGAAAGGACACUAUAGGCCCUCCUGGCCCCCUGGGCUGCCCUGGUUCCCCAGGUCCGCCAGGCCCACCAGGACCUCCCGGACGUCCAGGAGACAUUGUUUUUCACCCAGGUCCACCUGGUGACCAUGGAGUGCCAGGCAAUAUAGGACCUCCAGGAGACCCAGGAGUUGAUGGGCCCAAAGGAGAACCAGGCCUCCUGUGCACACAGUGCCCUUGCAUCCCAGGACCCCCUGGUCCCCCCGGAUUGCCAGGAUUAGAUGGUGUCAAAGGAAUCCCAGGAGAACGAGGUGCACCUGGUAUGAAAGGAAACCCAGGGUCUCCCGGAAGUGCAGGUCUCCCAGGAUUUUCAGGAUUCCCAGGUGACCAAGGGCAUCCAGGACUGAAAGGAAGCAAAGGUGAAACACCUCUACCCUGGGGACAAGUGGGUGACCCAGGCGAUCCUGGACUCAGAGGUCAGCCAGGGAGAAAGGGCUUCGAUGGAACUCCUGGAAAUCCAGGAGCAAAAGGAUCUCCAGGACCUAGAGGGGAACCGGCCCUGAGUGGAAGGAAAGGAGACCAGGGACUUCCAGGGACUCCUGGAUCCCCGGGGCCCCCAGGACCUGCAGGACCAGCUGGACCACCGGGCUAUGGACCUCAAGGAGAAACAGGUCCAAAGGGAACGCAAGGAGCUCCUGGAGCCCUGGGACCACCUGGAGAAGCCGGUCCUAAAGGAGAACCUGGUAUGUCAACACCAGUUCCAGGUCCCCCAGGAGCUCCAGGGCCUCCUGGUCAGGCUGGCCGCCGAGGUCUGCCCGGUUUGCCUGGACCUGUGGGAAAAUGUGAUCCUGGUCUUCCCGGACCUGAUGGUGAACCAGGAAUCCCAGGAAUUGGAUUUCCUGGGCCUCCAGGACCUAAGGGAGAUCAAGGUUUCCCAGGAACAAAAGGAUCACCUGGUUGUCCUGGGGAAAGGGGAAAGCCAGGCCGUCCUGGAGAGCCAGGCCAACCAGGAGCCAAGGGAGAACCAGGAGCAGGCACACCCGGGGAACCAGGAAAACCUGGCUUUCCAGGAGAAAGAGGCGAUUCUGGGGAAAACGGAGAAAUUGGACUCCCUGGAUUUCCAGGCCUCCCUGGAACUCCAGGAAAAGACGGCCUUGAUGGGCCUCCAGGAGACCCAGGACAGCCUGGACCACCUGGAGCAAAAGGGCCCCCAGGGAGGUGUACCCAGGGACCCAGGGGUGCCCAAGGACUUCCAGGCUUAAAUGGAUUGAAAGGGACACCAGGUAGAAGAGGUGAUGCGGGGCCAAAGGGAGACCCUGGCAUCCCAGGCUUGGACAGAUCAGGUGUCCCUGGAGAACCUGGGCAACCAGGAAUGCCAGGUCAUCCAGGUGAGAUGGGACCACCAGGCCAAAAAGGAUAUCCAGGAACUCCAGGAUUCCCAGGGCUACCAGGUGAGAAAGGAGAGCCUGGGAUGAUGGGCUAUCCUGGAAUCACUGGCCCUCCAGGGCCUCCUGGGAAACCAGGUUCACAGGGGGAGAGAGGUAGCCUUGGAAUCCCAGGAAUCAAAGGCGAAAGAGGACGCCCAGGAACCAAAGGUGAACGAGGAGAGAAGGGAAUCCCUGGGCCUUCCCAACUUCCAUACUUAAAAGGGGACAAAGGAGAAGCUGGACUCAAAGGAUUUGUAGGAAAUCCUGGUGAAAAAGGAAACAGAGGCAUUCCAGGGUUACCAGGUCAGAAAGGCCUCGAGGGACUGCCUGGGCCACCAGGUCCUCCAGGCCCUAGAGGAGAUAUGGGAAGCAGUGGGAAUCCUGGAGGACCAGGACCAGUCGGUAUGCCAGGAAGCAUGGGGAACGUGGGUGUGCCAGGCCCUAAAGGGAAAAAAGGAACUUUUGGACUUUCAGGUCUAGCUGGAAGACCAGGCCUUCCAGGGAAUCACGGUCCCCAAGGAGAUAAGGGGGAGCAAGGUCAUUCAACAGGUGCAAGGCCAGGACCACCAGGACCAAAGGGUGAACCAGGAUUGCCAGGUGCCAAAGGAAAGAAAGGAGAGAGAGGACCACCUGGGCCACCUGGACAACCGGGGUCUGCUGGACCUGAUGGAGCCCCUGGGAGUCCUGGGAGUCCUGGCCACCCAGGAAAGCCGGGUCCUGAUGGUGAUUUGGGUCUUAAAGGAAAGAAAGGCUUCCCAGGCCCUCCAGGAAGCACUGGCCCUCCAGGUCCUCCAGGACUUCCAGGACCUCCUGGACCAAUGGGUAUGAGAGGUAACCAAGGACAUGAUGGAAUUCCUGGUCCUCCUGGAGAAAAGGGAGAAACAGGCUUACUGGGGGCCCAUCCAGGCCCAAAAGGAAGCCCUGGUGUUCCAGGUGUCAAAGGAGACAAGGGAGUUCCGGGCUUGCCUGGCCUCCCUGGCAGGAAGGGGACCAUGGGAGAUGUUGGACCUCGAGGACCCCCAGGCAACAGUGGGCUCCCAGGACCACCAGGUCUACCUGGGACAAUUGUCCCUGGCCCAAAAGGAAACCAAGGUCUUCCUGGCCCAAGAGGAAGUUCAGGGAAGCCAGGGACCCCUGGACCUCCAGGACUUAUCGUAAAAGGCAUAAAAGGUGACAAAGGAUUUAUGGGCCUACCUGGCCCCAAAGGUCUACCUGGAGCUGUAGGCGACAUGGGCCCACCAGGUUACCCGGGACCACCAGGUACCCCAGGUCUUCCAGGUCUCAAAGGUGAUCCGGGAUUCCCUGGAUUUCCAGGCAUAAAAGGAGAGAAGGGUAAUCAAGGAUUUCCUGGAUCAAUUGGACAUCCAGGACCAAUUGGACCCAAAGGACCACCUGGUGCACCUGGAAAACCUGGAACACGUAAGAUAAUCUCCCUUCCAGGAAGCCCAGGGCCACCUGGUCCACCUGGACAGCCAGGAAUGAAAGGAGAUCCUGGGCCACUGGGACCACCUGGAAACCCAGGGCCCUGUGGAACAAAAGGUAAACCAGGCAAGGAUGGAAAACCAGGAUCUCCAGGGCCAGCUGGUGCAAAGGGCAACCAAGGCUCUAAAGGCCAACAAGGACCACCUGGAUUGAAUGGAUUGCCAGGCUUAAAGGGAAGACCUGGAGACAGGGGAACACCUGCUGCUGGGACAAGAACGCAAGGGUUUGUCUUCACCCGCCACAGUCAAACCACAGCCGCUCCUUCCUGUCCCCAAGGAACACAGCCACUCUAUAGUGGGUUUUCUCUUCUUUUUGUACAAGGCAAUGAGCGUGCACAUGGACAAGACCUUGGCACUCUGGGCAGCUGCCUGCAGCGAUUCACCACAAUGCCAUUCUUAUUCUGCAACAUCAAUAAUGUGUGCAAUUUUGCAUCACGGAAUGAUUAUUCAUACUGGCUGUCAACACCAGCUCUGAUGCCGAUGGACAUGGCUCCAAUUCCUGGCAGCGCUCUGGAACCCUAUAUUGGCAGAUGUACCGUUUGUGAAGGUCCUGCGUUGGCCAUAGCUGUUCACAGCCAAACUACUGCUAUCCCUCCAUGUCCCCAUGGCUGGGUUUCUCUCUGGAAAGGUUUUUCCUUCGUUAUGUUCACAAGCGCAGGCUCUGAGGGUGCUGGACAAGCACUUGCAUCACCCGGCUCCUGCCUGGAAGAAUUCCGAGCCAGUCCGUUUAUAGAAUGCCAUGGACGGGGAACCUGUAACUACUACUCAAACUCCUAUAGUUUCUGGCUGGCUUCAUUAAACCCAGAAAGAAUGUUCAGAAAACCUAUUCCAUCAACUGUGAAAGCUGGAGAUUUAGAAAAAAUCAUAAGUCGCUGUCAGGUGUGCAUGAAGAAAAGACACUGAAGAAGUAAAAGAAAAUAGAACCACAUUGUUUCCUUCUUAAAUAACCAAGUUGUGACUCAGUACAAGCAUUUCUCUAGCUCUUUUUUCUCUAACUUUACAGUGUUGUUCAAUGAAGAUGUAGUAGUGCCAAGUUUCACCACACCAGAAAGCAUUUCACUCAAGUUAGUCUGUGCUUUGGGUCUCUAAAUCUGUGUGGUUUCAAAGUUCCCUGUGGGAAGGCAACAGGUUUUCACAAAACAUCACUGAAAUCACAUUCUGCUUGUACCCAAAGUGCUGACUAAACGAUGCCUGUGUGGACCUUGAACUACAAGCUAAGAGAGAUUUGGUACAGUGAUGUACAAUGUGUUCCUUGUCUCCCACUCUUGACCUAAGGCAUUUAGUUUCUUUCCACCUCCAACCUGAGCCCUUAGACUUCAGCUAGAGAAGGAGAUGGGAGCACACCAUGACAAGACCUGGAUAGUCAUACCUGUUGAGUGGUACAGGGCCCAAGAACACAGGAUGAAUGAGGCUCAAGAUGUUUCAGGACUCAUUUAAAUAUGCCCAAAGCUAGGACCAAAGGAAACUUCCUCAAGGGAAUCACAACAGGCUUGGAUAUAAAGUAUUGUUUUAUUUUCUGUUUUGUUGAUGAUGUGUAUGUGAUUGUUCACUGAGCUAAUUUUACUAUGUCAAUAGAUUCAAAGGGGGUAAAAUGUUUACUCUUAGGAGAUUAAUUUUUACUAGGAUGUUAUACACAUUCAUGGAAACAUUUCUCUUCACUGUGUUCAAUGUACUCAGAAGUAACAAGGACACUACUUACUAGAUGUGCACUUUAUCUCCAGUCCUAUGAACACCAACCUUAAAGAAUUUCACUAGUAGUUCAAUAACCCAGGAAAGAAUGAGAGGCACUCGCUGGUUUAUCAGACUGCAAACAUUUUUCUUUGAUCAAAAUAGUUUAUAACAUGGUUUUACAGAUUUGUUCCUUUGUUACCUUUCUAACCUUGGAAACACCCCCCACCACA